AUGACCGUAAUCUUGCAAAUCUCGGCACGUCCCUCUGCUCGGAGGAAGGAUAAAAGCACUAAUGUAUCACAAGGCUCAAUACUACUCUGCGGUAUAGCAAUUGCCGUCACAAUCUUCUUACUGCUACGGUCAGAACUGAAAAGAGCUGCUGUGGGCAGAAGGGAAUUUCAAUUGUUUCUUGUGGGCUACUUAAUCGUCUCGCUUUGCGAGAUCUUCACUGUUGGCGGCUUUCCAUUAAACAGAAGUGUCCGUCUGGCUUUUACUGCGGUGCACAUUGGUGCCAUCGUUGCGACACUAUGGGUGCUUCUACUAAAUGGCCUAGUUGGCUACCAAAUACUGGACGACGGCACACCAAUCUCGCUGGGCCUCAUCCUAAUCUCGGGCAUAGCAUUCUUUGUGGGUGCGGGCUAUGUCGCACUCGACACAGGCUUCGGUUACACGGAUACCUUCGCUGGAAGUCGACAGGCACCGAAUUACAAUCUUGCAUUAUACGUCCUCUAUCAAUUGUUCCCAUUGAUUUGCUUGUUCCUAUUCUUUGUACUGGAAACCGUCUUAGUUCUAAGGGUACUUGGUGAAAAGAAACCUAUGUCGAAGUCCUUUAAGCAUAACAUAUCCUCGAGUUGCUAUGUAUCAGAAGAUAAUGGUUCGGACCCGGCAGUCGGCUUUUGGAAGAGAGUUGCACUGAGCCAAGAUGACCGUCAAACAGUGCAGAGACCAAAGGAUAUCUAA